CGUUUUAGAAAUUAAUUUUUUAUAAGCACUUUUACGAGAAGAAACUCCUACAUAUUUGAUUUGAGGAGUUUGAUGUUUAAAAUCUUUGUGAUUUUCUUGCCGUCAGUUUCUUCCGAAAUCACAAUCGCUAUAAUCCACUGAGACAUUCAUGGUGCGUUUUCAAGAUGCCAAAUAUAUGAGCUUUUGAAAGGUCUCUUGGCAAGAAGUAUUCCUCACACUCCACUGUUUGGUCCAAACUAUGACCAGUCAUAAUCUUGGCCAGAAACGUUUUUUUGUAACUCCGCCUGAGAAGGGUGUUUUUCCCCUUGAUCAUGAAGCUCAGUGCAAGCGUGCCAUGCUGCAGUACAUGAUCUGCCUGCAGAAAAAUGAUAACAGCGGCUCAGCUUGCCGUGUGGAAUCCAAAGAAUAUUUAGAGUGCCGGAUGAAGAAUAAUUUAAUGGCAGAGGAAAGUUGGUCAUUUCUGGGUUUCAGUGAUCUUGAAGAGAAGAGUAAAUCAUCUUAAUUCGGUAGUCAGUCAUUUACUUUACUCCAUCACAGUCGUUUCACCUCUAUUAUUCUCAUAUACCCAUGCCAUGGAAAAGAAAA